CACAGGAGAGUCUGACAACCCUUCGCGCCUGUGGCCGAGGACCUUGUCUUGACAUAUGUCCAGAAGAGCAGAAAUACUGAUGGAAAGCAACAUGCAGGAUCUGGCUGUGGAGAAACCUCAGUGGGAUGUGGGGAGUCAGCCCUCGGGGAAGAUCCUCUCCCUGGACAGGCAAGGGGCCAAGAAAGUGCUGGAGAUCUACGUCCAGCGCUCGCUGAGCUGCUGCGAGAAGUCUGCUGUGAAGAAAUUCCAGGAGGGAUCCAGAAGGAAAGGGAGGAAGGGAGAAGGGCUGCAAAGAUCGAAAAGCGACUUCUGCAAGUAUUCCUGUGCCAAACUCAGCCCCAGGAAGGACCAAGAGGAGGGACCCAAAGCAUCGGACCUGGAUGAGGCUCUGGAUGAUGAGAGCAAAGCUCCCGGGGAGGUCCCUAAAGAGGAGCCGGAGCCCAAGAGGAAAAGCACAAAAAACUCUUCCCAGGGCAAAACCCAACGCACCUGGUUCAAAAGUCUCUUAAAUUUGCUCUUCAAGAAGAGCCCUGAGGAUCAGAAGGAAAACACAGGGCAAAAAGCAAAGGAGAAAGAUGCCAAAGCUCCUCACAGCUCCAAACCAGAAGGGGCUAAAAGACCCGGAGUGGAACUGGGAACAACAACAAACCAGAACCACAUGCCGAAGAGCUGGCUUAGAUAG